CUGUACUCUGUAACUACAGUAGACGAUCUGCAGCGAGCGUUCGAUGUUUGCAAGGUGCUCAACGAGGGCACCGAGCAAUUUGAACCAUGCUAUCACUGCUCAGCCACCUGCCCUGAGGAUCGUCACACGCUUCAAGUCCACGACACCAGAAGGAACUCAGUCUCCGGACCCGCAAAGUCGACCGCCGAAAUCUCGCCUCUCGAAACGAAGCGUCUUUGUGGCAGCAUGGACGGCCCUGGGUGUAGUUGCCGGGUGGCAGAUUUACAAUUACAACAAGUCCAGGCGUGACUCUUUCGUUGCGUACACGUUGGUUUCCAAGGAACCCGUGUCGUCGACGGCCAGCAUAUUCCACCUCGAACCCAAACAAGCCUAUUCGAGUUUCGGACUGUACAAGGAUGCGUGGCGGAAGGGCAUCUGGAACGUCGACUUCAAACAGCCUCAACUUCAGAUCGUCAGGGCCUACACUCCUCUCCCGCCCGUCGAUGUAGCCGCGACCGGUCCAGGUUCAGAGGGGGGGAAAGAGGAGAAAAAGGACGAAUUACGCUUCCUCAUCCGCAAGGAUCCCCACGGCGAGGUGUCGAGUUACCUACACAAACUCCCCGUCGGGGCCGAGAUUGAGAUGCGUGGACCGAAUCUGGAAUACGAGUUGACUCCGGACGUGCGACAAAUUGUCUUUUUUGCGGGAGGUACCGGUAUCGCUCCGGCUCUCCAGGUUGCGCAUGCACUGUUUGAGGGACACAAGGACAGUACCGCCAGUGACAGUAACAGUGACAGUGUUGGUCGGGGUUCUACCACCAAGAGCCUACAUAUUCUCUGGGCGAGCAGGAUGCGCGAAGACUGUGUGGGCGGAGUGAGCGACCCGCCACCGGCUUCAGAGGCCGUGAUGCCACCCAAACCGACAUGGUCGGGUUUCUUCUCUUCGCGGCCAAAGCCGAGGGUCACGUCGUCGCCGACCCAAUCUUCGGGGACGGACAAAAGGGUUGCCAUCGUCGAGGAGUUGGACACUCUCAAACGAAAGUACCCUGGUCAAGUGACCGUGGAGUAUUUCGUCAACGCCGAGGAUACUUGGAUCGACGAGGACGCCGUCUUCAGGGCCCUUUCGCGAUUCGAUGACAAGGAGUUCAGCAAAGGUUCGACCGCCUCGACAGCGUCGGGCCACCGACAGAGACAGAGUGAGAGACAGAUUUUGAUUUCUGGGCCGCCUGGAUUCAUCUCGUACCUCGCUGGGCCCAAGGAGUGGAGAAACGGGAGGGAAGAGCAAGGUCCGGUGAGCAGGAUCAUCGCACAUGCCAUUGCGAAGAACCCGCACGAUGUUACUGUUUGGAAGAUUUGAAAACGAGAUCCGGUAAAAUCGUUUUAGAACAGCCACAGUCUGUGUACACAGCCGAAAAAGAACGGUAAACGUCGGUGCCAUGGUGCAAUGACUUGGCAUACAUGAAUAUUUGAAAUGUAUAAUGAUGUACGAAUACAGUAAAAAUCAUCUGAGACGAAAAGAAAUCAUCAACAGCGUAU